CCCGGAAGGACUCUUAGCUAGCGUUACCCUGGCUGGCUAACAGAAGAAGUGCCUAAGUGUCCCUUGACUGUGGGGCGGCUGUCAUGAGAAAUGUGUUGUGAUGUAAACCAUGACAACUAAAGCCAAAAUGAUGAACGACAUAAUGGAGGAACCGGAGAAAGACUCCCUUUUGGAGACACCGCAGGAACAAGUUUUAUCGGGCCCAAGUAGCAGCGCAAGACCAAAGACCACAGAUGGAGGCAUCCGGCCAGUGGAGAAAAGAGGACCUUACAUCAUGUCUAGAGCUCCAGCCAUUCAUCUCAAACUACAGAAACACAGGGAGAUGGCCAGGAAGGCGCUGAAGAAGAAGGCGCUCUCGUCAGGGCUUCCAGUUCUUCACCAGCCCAGACAAGGAGUGAAGAGGACGGUGAAGUAUAACAAGGGCUAUGCUGCUCUGAGUCAGCACGCAGAGGAAACCUUGGUUGCCCUGGACUCAGACAGUGAUGAGGAGAUCGACUUUGAGCAGUACUCAUCAGGAUACUCUUCAGCUGAGGUCCACCCUGACUUAAGCAGACAGCUGCUCCAGGAUGGUUACCGCCUGGAUGAGAUCCCCGAUGAUGAAGACCUGGACUUGAUCCCCCCGAAAGCCAUGAGCUCGUCUAUGUGCUGCUGCUUUGAGUGCCCGCCGUGCUCCAUGCAGUGAUGCUGCUGCUGCUGUGACUCGGACCUUGUGAAGGCUUGGCUCUAAUGUCAGCUGAAUUCAGCCGUUAGUGCCCGCCACCUUCUCUCUGUGGCAGCUCAGCUGCUGCAUGCUGCCUGGGGACUUCCAGCUAUGAAGCCCAAAGCAGGAUCCCGAGCUCAGAGCUCACUCAGCCCCAAAGAAGACGCAGAUGGACGUGAGAGCAAGCCUUAUCCACUGUGACCCCUAAGCCUGAUUUUAUUUAUUUACUCAGUUUUACUUUGCAGCAUUACACUAAAUAAGAGUCUGACACAUCUCUAAGUAUGUUAGCGUGUGACUGUGUUGACUUAGAGGAGCUGCUAACGUUUUCAGCUGUCACCCUCUGAUGAACCUGCAUUGACCAUGGUCCAGUGGCGUAACGGCACCACAGUAUUAUUUAUCGUCUCCUCUGGCAUUCAAACCAGCAACAUGGUCACUACGGCAACAGAUGUAGCACUAACAUUUACCCUCAUACAGAGUAGAGGAGCACUGAGUUUAACUGCUUCAUUACCUGUUUUUGUUUUAGACUAAACGCUCCUUAUGUUACUGUCUCUAAAAGUCGUUUCCUUACAGCAGCUGACGGACGUGGAGAAAACAGAUGAACAAGCAAAGUUAGGUCUGUAGAAAAUGCAGAGAGAGAGAGUUCUACACAGGAACCAGACAUGUUUGUGGUCCAGAAUAUAACCCAGUGGUCUGACUAAGACCAAGUAGAUGACAUGUUGUUGCAUUUGGAUUUGACAGCCAUUCCAGUAUUUCUAAGGUGUUACAAGAAAAGUCACUAAUUCAGUCAUUGAUGUUUGCACUUGAUAAGAAAUGCAGAUCUACGUUUUUACAUUCGUCAUUCCUAAAGUUCACUUAUUUAGAGAGGCUAAGAAAGGUCAGUCCCUUAGUCUGGGGCUAUGAUUAAUAUUUAUAAUUUAAGUCCCAUCCAGAUUAGGAGAUGGCUGUGUUUCCACAUUUAUUUCAUCUGUGUUUUAUUUUUACAUUGUUACAAGUUAUUUACUGUUCCUACGUCAGGUCAAACUCUUAGCUGGUAGCCACACAGUUUCUGUACUUUUUUUAAAUAACUAAUUAUUUUAUGUUGACUUAAAAUUCAGUUAAGUUCAUAUUUUCUGUUAAUAUUUGGGCUUUUUAAAAACUGUACUAACAAACUGUUAAAUGCAACAGUGUGUUCACCUUCUCAGGAGACGUGUGUGUGUGCAGAGAACAGUUUUCCUUUUUCAUACACUAGUAGAGGUUUUAAGCAUGCACCACUGGUCCAGUGCAGUCUAGAUAAACUACUAUUAUUCCCACACCCCGAUGAUGAUGAUGUCACAUUUAUACACAGAAGUGUCUGGAGCACCACACCAAGAUUGAAAGCAUAUAGCAAUGGUGGCAGGAUACAGAAGAGAGAUUUGAGUUGGGAUAUUGCUUCCUCUUUGAGCUUCAUGCGUUUUGUGUGGGUUACGGAGUCGCUCCAUGUGUUUGUGAGCAGAACUGGACCAGCUGCGUCUGCUGUGGGCUCACCCUGGUUUUGGCUCUGUCAUGCUUUGCUGUAGAUAACAUUUUUGCACUGAACACCAGGGGCCAGAAGCAAGUACACUUGACCCACUUGUGCUAUGCAACUUUUGGGACAAUCUGCUUUUUGUGUAAUGUUGUAACAAUGUUGUGUUAUUGAGUGCUGAAUGCAAUAAGUAAAUGUUUUAGUAUGGUAAAUGCUACUUUUUAUUUUAUUGUAUCCCUCAUGGUUUCUAUUAUAAAGCAAACUUUAAAAUGUG